AUGAUCUUCAACCUAGAAACUGUCAUUGCGCUGAGCGCAUUGGUCGCUCUUGGAGAUGCGAGAACUUUGGGUGAUAGAGCUGGAGGUAAAAUUGGAGAUGUCUUAGCAGGAGGUUAUGUGAACAACAUAACUGUCCAAGCUGAUAAUGUCGUUCAAUGUUCUCAAGCUACUAUAAGCUGGACUGGUACCACCGGCUCAGUAUCGUUAUCGAUUGGUCAAGGAGGGUACUAUGUAGGAUCCACUCCAAUCCAAAAUAUAGAUUCAAUCUCUUCUGGUUCAUACGACUGGGAAGUCGAUCAACCUUCAGGAGAAGAUUUGAUUUUUCAAGUAACGGAUUCAUCAGGUCAAACUGGUUAUAUCCAAAACAUCAAAGUUGGUGGUAGUACAGAUAACUCCUGUUUAUCCCAAGAUGAUUCGACUUCCACUUCAACCUCUUCAUCUUCCUCUUCACCUGCUGCCGCGUCAGCUUCGCCAUCGGCUUCUUCUGCGAAUGAUCAAGAUCAAACUUCGACUGCUGGUGCAAAUGGAGUUGGGGUAGGAUCAGAAUCAAGUAUCGUAAACACUUCAUCUGGUGGUGGAGCAUCAUCUACAUCUGCUGUACCUUCUUCGACAUCAAAGUCAAAGUCUACCAAAUCGAAAACGUCAUCAUCUAAAUUUUCUUCUUCCACCUUCUUAUCCACUUCAACUUCUAGCGCUGUAGGUACAGCAUCUGCAUCUGCAUCUGCUCCGACACUAGUCUCCGCUGCCGCUGCCGCGACUGCGUCUUCGUCCACAUCAAGUUCAAACAAUGCUCCUUUAGCAGCUGCUUCAGGUGGAAGUUCAACUAGUUCAGCUUCAGCUAUGACCAAACUCAACUCCGCAUUGGGAUCAGCUUUGGUCGGCGCGUUGGUAGUAGGAGGAGGAUUGAUUCUUUAG